GGACCGGAUACAGUAUGGUAGGGCAACAGGAAAAGCUCUAUUGUUGUUGUUGACCACCUCAAUCGCAGCAGCUGGAAUUUUUUAUCGUGACAUUUAUGAGAUUUUUUCAUAAACUUAGACCGCUUGGCCGACAGGACAAUACGAAAAUAUAAAUAAAACAGUUUUAUUCUAUAGAACUCAGCUGGUCUUACUUUUGCGAUCACCGACGGGCCUUGUUCUACAUAGUUCCGGGCCCUGGGCUGGGCUUGCUAGUUGGCAAUCCAACACCUGCUUAGCAUUAGCUAGCUCGCUAGCUUGCUAUAGUUCAUUGGGAAGAAGACGUACUAUCAUAUCACCAACCAUGGCAGUUGUCAACGAAGGUGCCCUGAAGAAAAUGCUGAAGCAAUACAAAUACAGAGAUUUGACUGUCCGAGAGAUAACCAAUGUCAUAUCCCAAUAUAAAGACUUGAAACCUGUCAUGGACGCCUAUGUGUUCAAUGAUGGCUCCACAAGAGACCUGAUGAGUUUGACUGGGACAGUGCCAGUGAGCUACAGAGGCAAUGUCUACAACAUCCCAGUGUGUCUUUGGCUCCUGGACACGUAUCCCUACAACCCUCCCAUUUGCUUUGUCAAGCCCACCAGUGCUAUGAUGAUCAAGACUGGCAAACACAUAGACGCCAACGGCAAGAUCUACCUGCCCUACCUUCACGAGUGGAAACACCCCCAGUCAGACCUGUACGGCCUGAUCCAGGUGAUGAUCGUCGUGUUUGGGGAGGAGCCCCCCGUCUUCUCCCGGCCCACCACCCAGGCCCCCUACCAAGCCUUCCAGGCGGCAGGACCCCCAAACCCAUCCUACAUGCCUGGUAUGCCAGCAGUCUCACCUUAUGGUCCAAACCCCAACCCAGGUGGUUACCCAGCCUAUCAGUAUCCUGGAGGAAACUCUUACCCUGCCACUGGUGGCCCUACACACUACACCCCCCAGCCUCCCGUCUCCAACGUCGGUCCUAGCAGGGAUGGGACCAUCGGUGAAGACACCAUCCGUGCCUCUCUGAUCUCAGCGGUGAGCGACAAGCUGCGCUGGAGGAUGAAGGAGGAGAUGGACCGGGCCCAGGCUGAGCUGGACGCUCUGAAGAGGACCGAGGAGGACCUGAAGAAGGGCCACCAGAAGCUAGAGGAGAUGGUCACUCGCCUGGACCAGGAAGUGUCCGAGGUGGACCGGAACAUUGACUUGCUUAAGAAGAAGGAUGAGGAGCUGAGCGAGGCCCUGGAGAAGAUGGAGAACCAGUCGGAAAACAACGACAUCGACGACGUCAUCGUCCCCACGGCGCCCCUCUACAAGCAGAUCCUGAACCUGUACGCCGAGGAGAACGCCAUCGAGGACACCAUCUUCUACCUGGGAGAGGCGCUGCGCAGGGGAGUCAUCGACCUGGAGGUCUUCCUCAAGCAUGUCCGCCUGCUUUCCAGGAAGCAGUUCCAGCUCCGAGCCCUCAUGCAGAAAGCCCGCAAGACCGCAGGCCUCAGUGACCUUUACUGACCCCUGUGGACAUGUGCACGCAUUCUUUCCUUCGGUCCCCCUCUCUCCUCUCUCUUUUAAGUCUGUACAACUUGUUUUUUUCUUUGUUUUUUUUCAUGUCCACAUUUCUCUCUCCUUCUCUCUCUGACCCUGCUCUGUCCUGCCUGUGUGGGUACUUCUCUCCUGAAUCCCCCCUCGUCCUCGAGGGAAGUGCUGAGCUGGUUUGACAGGAAACCAAACCGUGGAUUUACCUCAGCAGACUAGAAAUCAAACCAAUCGAAGUUGAAUAUUGGCCAUGUGUAUCAUUCUGAUUCUGCUCCUGUUUGACCAAACGUACCAAUUAGCAGUUCCCACAGCAAACAGAGAUACUGCUAACAUGUGUCUAUAUGCAUUGUGCUCAGGCCAGAGAUUCAGGUUGUCGUAGAGGCUAUGGUCCGGCUGUAAGGCAUUACAGCAUUAAGUCAAAGCCAUCAUCUGUUAUCAUGGAAGGAGCUUUGUAUGUCAGUCACAGUGAAAAGCACUCGUGUCUUUCACAUCAGAUGGGAUUUCGAACACAAAGCGCCGCAGUCUCAGGAUGCUGGCAUUGUGUGGGGGGGCGGGAGGGGGAGUAGAUCCUUCCGUGUGACGAUGACCUUGCAUUCUUUGUUUUACUGGUACUAUUGGAGGACUGCAUCACUCAGGUCUCCAUAGAGGAAAGAUUACACUCUGGCUUUGAAGGACAGAGGGAGAGGGCAGAGGACAGGGAGGGCCUAUAGGACCAGUGUUCAUCAACAGGCAGACAGUGACAGAGGCUUGAACCUUUCCCGAUUCCUUACUCGUGUGUGGGAAGCCUCCGAUGGCAGUUCCCGGUCGACCAUCCUCCCUUUCUCCCAUCCGCCAGGGGCUGGAGCACUUCCUGAAUGGCCGGUCAGCUGACCUGCUCAGUUCGUCAGUGUGAAUAGACCUACCAUUUAAUCAUGCACAGUGGAUAGAAGCCUCCGACUGCCCAGCUCCUCUCUCUGUGUCUCUGUUCUAAAGGUGUUGAGAUCGUCUCAACUGACCUGUUUCUCAAAGGCAGCAAGAUGAAAAUAAUUUAUACUUUCUUCUAUACACCUACUUCCUUUGUUAUUAGGUAGCUUUGUUUUAUGGUUCACUCCAAGCUCACAACCACCGUGACAGGCUAGAUGGAAGUGGUGGUUGACAUGGCAAACAUAUUGUACUAAUCAAAAGUUAACUCAUCGAGUAUACAAACAGGUCUCCUUUAAAGUUAUCUUUUUACUAAAUGCACUUUGGAUUGUAUGAUAAGUAGGUUUACUGUUGGGUAUUGUUUAGGCUGUAGGACCGUUUUUUUAUUUGUAGAUUUUAUGUAAAUCGAUACAAUAAAAAGAUCUGAUUUGACAAGUCUAA